AUGCUAACCAACCAAACACCUGAAGCUACCAUAUCUAAAAUGUUAGACCAGAUACCCACUGGAACUUUCCCAGAAGUCUCCAAAGUUUCAGAAGCUUACCCACCUACUGAUUGUUCAACCUUAUCAUUGCUUCCAUGUAGCCCAGGUCUUAAUGGUGGGGAAACAACAUUUAAUGACAUCCCAAAUGGUUCUACAAUUUGCACAAUGAAUAGGAAGACUGUAAAAGCUACUCUUGAAAAUGGAGUACAACCACAAGAAGAUUCAACAAAAAGGAGGAACAUGGAAGGUGAAGCUAACACGCUACUAGGUGAGAAGAGAUCUCAUGAUAUUUUCACUUCCCAAGAAUCUGCGAUGCUGUCAAAGCAAGCACAGUCUACUCCUAUGGGUAUGGUUGGCUUGCCAACUAAAACCCCCACCCCCAUACCCUCAUCAGCUGAUGAAAGGUGUGAUAAGACUACACAAGCUACAUGGUGCAGUGUGCUGAAAAGAGGAACUGCAAUGGAUCAGGGUCAUGGAGCUCCUUCUAUAACCCGCAACCACAUGAAAUUAAAAUAUUUUGAACAUCAAGGAGAUGGGUCCAAAGCAGUGGUGGUUCCACCACCAGCGGUUGCAGAUACGGGUUGUAAGAAUUGGGAAAAUAGCUUGGUUGGUUAUUUUAUUGAAAAAGUUUGCCCUUCAGUGAUUAAGAUGAUUUCCCAAAAGAUGUGGAAUGCUUAG